GGCCUGUCUGUUUUCUAAGCUUCGCGUUGACUUGAUUCCUUUUGGCCUUAAUUUCCCUUCGCAGGCAGCCGGCUGCUAUUCGCCCCUACUCUGCCUCCUUCUCCGCAUCCUCACGGCAAUGGAGUGAAGUGAAAAAUGGCGGGCGGCGGAGGGAGCCAGCUUCUGGAAGCCUUGGAUCGAUCUCAGUCAAAGAAAGAUGGAGGAUUUAGUAAUUGCAGUUUUUACAACUCUGAGGACAGUGAAGAUGAUACAGAAAAAGAUGAAGCAAAUCUGCUGAGUUUAGAUGAAAGUGAUGAUGCCAAUUUACAAAUUACAGAACAAAAGCCCAAACAACUUAGGACUGGAUCAGCCAAAGCUCUUGGAGACUCUAUUAGAACAUAUGAGCGAAGAGGCAGAAUAUCGCACUUCAGAACUUUCAAAGGCAAUGCUAUUGGAUUAAACAUGUUGGGAACCAGUAAAAAGCUUGGAGAAAAUGCCCAAAAUAUAUCGGUUUCCAGUGGAACAAUGGUACAGGGCAGAAUUUUCCAUCACACAAAUAUUCCAAGGUCAACUGUCAAGACAGCUGCACAGAGGAAGGAAUACCCAGCCCAUGUACAAAAGCUUGACGCUGAUCAAGGAAGAAUACAUACUUUUCCAAGAUCAGAAAACAUGCAGGAAAGAAAAGAAGAAUCUGACUUUGAAUCUGAACCAGAGAAGAUAAAGAGGAAGGUUCAGCAGAGACGACGUAGUAGUAUACAAGAGUCUGAUAUGUCUUUUUCUCGCACACCACAAAUGUGUUUAACCCACCAAGAGGUCUGUAUAAAAUUUAACGUAGAUUUCAUUAGUACAAGCAUUUGGUGCUUAUUACCAGCAUUAAAAGUCUGAACAGCAGUAAGGGGGUGACCUUAAAGGAGAAGGAAAGCUACGGAGGCAUUUUAUUGCCAAUAGAUUAGCUGCAAUAGUGCAAGCUAGAAUGCUAUAUUUAUUCUGUAGAAUGUUUUACCAUACCUGAGUAAAAAGCUCUAGAAACUCUGUUUGUUUAGGAUAGGAGCUGCAGUAUUAAUGUGGUGUGACAUCACUUCCUGCCUGAGUCUCUCCCUGCUCUGGGCUCAGAUUACAGUAGAGAAGGGAGGGAGGGGGAAGAGGAGCAAACUGAGCAUGCUCUUGCCCAGGGCAAGGAGGUUUAAGCUGAAGGCAGGAAGUCUGACACAGAAGCCCAUGUGUACACAAUAGAAGGAAAGAAAUGCAGUGUUUCUUUUGACAGGGGACUCAGAGCAGCACUACUUUGGGGGUUUACUGGUAUAUUUAGAUGGACCUUUCUGAUAAGGCUUACUUAGUUUUAACCUUUCCUUCUCCUUUAAAGAGGAUGAUUGCCUAUAUGUUAACCUUUAGUAUGGUACCUUUUCUCAUUGACUUUGCAAUUGGUCUUCAUGAUUUGUUUUGCAUAUUUUUGAAUUAAUAUUCAUACUCGUUCAGUUGUUUUUAAGCCUGUAGCUGAAAAGGCUGGUAAAGCAAACAAAAUUGUUGGUUCUAACUAUAAAAGCAACUUGUCUUUCCAUAUAUUGGCUGAUGCUUUCUCUUGAAGAAAUAAUCAGCAAGCACUCCGGACACCACUCGUGAAGUAAAAGGCAUUUUUAUUUCAGCAGAUUAAAAUCAUCAAGUCCUGACGCAUUUCGCAGCAAGGGAUACACAGUCAUAGGCACAAGUAACACAGACAUCGAAUGGCUUUUUAAAUCGCUAGUUGGGAAAUUACAUCAUUAAUUAAUUACAGGCUGUUUAACCAAAACAUGUAUUAACCCUUUUAACAUAGCAAAAAAAAGCCGUGGGACCUGGGGUCUUUACAUCCAGGUCACAGUACUUACAGGGUGACUGCCUAAAGCUUAGGUGUUUCAUUGCUACGUUUAUUUGCUGUAAAAAAAAUUCCAGUAGAAUACGAAUAGGUUUGUGUGGCAACCCGCAUUUACGAAGGGUUUUUGGAAUUGAGCUGCAUUUACUUAUGUGAUGCUUUCUCUUAACUUGUGUCUAAUCACAUUGAGUUAGCCAGAGGGAGGCACUUGGUUUCCAUUUUUUAUUAUUUGGGGUUUUUGAGUUAUUUAGCUUUUUAUUCAGCAGCGCUCAAGUUUGCAAUCUGGCUCACCAUCUUGGAAAGUGUCUGCGACACUCACAUGCUCAGUGGGCUCUUAGCAGCUGUUGAGAAGCUAAGCUUAUGGAUCGUUACAAAUUAUCAAGCAGAAAAUGAGGUUGGUCUGUAAUAUAAGCUGAUGCUACAGGGCUGACAUGUAUUAAUUACUAAUCAGCCUUAUACUGUGACAUGUAUAUUAUAUGUGUACUGUAUAUUGUGAGUCAGCCCUUAAGCUCAGUAACAGACAGCAACAGAGCGUAUGUGCAGUGAAUCAACAGAAAAGAAGAUGGGGAGCUACUGGGGCAUCUUCAGAGGCACAGACCUUCACUGCUAAACGGUUGAAGUUGCUUUGGGCUGGUACAGAAGACCAAAACAUAAUGUACAACAUUUCAAGCCUUUAGUUAAUCUUAAGUUCUCCGUUAAAAA